GAUGUGCCCUGGUGCGCGUCGUCUGUUUUGAAACGGCAGAAUCGGCGGGAAAACACCAGGACGCCAUUUUGGAUGUGAAAAAGUACGCGGCCCGAUUUUCUCAGCGGUGCCGAGGACCGCUUUCCGGAUGAAUCCGUCGCCCAAAUCCGGCUUACCGGACCACCUCUGAUCGCCGGAGUGACCAGGGACCAUCGUGGGACGCGAAUAAUCGAGGAGUGGACGUCGUGAGUGGAGGGCAAGUGUCGGGGGGCAGCGUUCCCCCUGACGGGGAGAGGCCGCAGCAAUGUUCUACGCACACUUUGUGCUGGCCAAGAAGGGCCCGCUGGCACGCAUCUGGCUGGCGGCCCACUGGGACAAGAAGCUGACGAAGGCACACGUAUUUGAGACCAACAUUGAGAGCAGUGUCGAGGGCAUCCUGCAGCCCAAGGUGAAGAUGGCACUGCGCACCUCUGGCCAUUUGCUGCUGGGCAUCGUGCGCAUCUACUCGCGCAAGGCCAAGUACCUGCUCGCCGACUGCAAUGAAGCGUUCAUCAAGAUCAAGAUGGCCUUCCGGCCGGGAGCAGUCGACCUGCCUGAGGAGGGCAGGCAGGCUGCUCUCAGCACCAUCACGUUGCCUGAGGUGUUCCACGACUUUGAGGCCACCAUGCCCGACCUCAGCAACAUUGACAUGGAAGCGGCAGUUACGCUGAACCAAAGCCGCGCGGAAGACAUCACACUCAAGGAGGACUAUGGCUCGCUCAGCCUCAUCAAUGAUGACAAUUUUGGAGACAUGGGUUUUGACGACCCCGAGAUGGCUCGUGAGGCAACCAACAUAGACGAGGCAUUUGACCAGGCCAGCCUUCUUCUUGGUGGGUCCAUGCUUGGGCGCCCCUCCGAGGUCCCCCGAGGCCCUGCCUCUUCCUCCGCCGACAUGGAGGUUGGCGCGUCGUCUACUGCUGCCGAGAACUCGGCUCUGGCGGCAAUGCCGGUGCCCGGCGAGUCCAUCGAGGCCGGAAGGAAUGCUCGGGAAGGGGAAGCCGACCCUUUUGGAACAGCGGCUGCUUCAACCGAGACUGAAGUGGCCGAGGAUGCCAGGGAAGGGACGCUACUCGAGGGUGAACCGAGUGGCUUGUUUGAGCCAGCGGGCCUCUUCGACGAUGCGCCACUGGGACACGUGCCCUUAGACACCAGUGGGUCAGACCGGGAUGGGCCCUUGGGUGCUCCGGGACCUGCACCAGCCGUCCCCGACGCCCGGCCCGUUGACGAGAGUGACGAUGAUGAUGACAUGUAUGAUAUGGGCCCUCCGUCAAUGGGUGCUCCGUCAGGGCCGUCCAGUCCUGGGAGCUCUGUCGGUGAUGCCAGGGACCUCGAUGGGGGUGCGACGACGUCGGCGGCUGCUGGAGCGGCCGGUCCGUCCUCCUCUUCGGCGAUGCCUGGUGUGGACGAAGGCCUGCUCGAUCAGCAACAGCAGGACGAAGCUGCCAUGCCCCCACCUCCGCAGCCGCCCUCUGUGGAUUCGGCUCAGAUGGGUGGCAUGGAUGCUGGGCCCGGAGAGCAGACGACGCUGCUCAACAACGAGGAUGAGAGCUUUGCCUUGGCACCGUUAGACACCAUUGUCCAAGGUGUGGAGAAAGCCCGCGCCAAGCGGAAGCGCAAGCUGAUCGUCGAUGAGGUAAAGAACAUCUCGGGAGAGGAGAUGAAGUCCCAGCUGUCGGACACGAGCGACAUUGUGACCACGCUGGACCUGGCGCCGCCCACGAAGCGCCUCAUGCACUGGAAAGAGACCGGAGGCGUCGAGAAGCUGUUCGCGCUGCCUGGCCGGCCGAUCUUGUCCAAGGCCCUCUCCCGCCUCUACCAGCGGCACCUGACGACGCGCUCCGUCGAAAACGAGCUGGCCGCUGGGGAGGAGCAUUUGCUGCAGCAGCUUGAAGAUGAGCAGGACGCCAUCGUUGAGCAGCCGCAGCAGAUGCCGCAGCAUGAGGAACACAUGCAGGAGAACAGCCUGGGCCACCACACGAAGCGGCGACGCUUGGAAGACGACCUUGUGGGUCCGCAUGGGGCGGGCAACGAGCAGCCGGCCCACCACUACGACCUCGGCGCACCCGACUUUCCCCACGGCGGCCCUCCCAGCCACUUAGGCCCACCUUCCGUCGACCCCUAUGCCUCCGUUGCCGUGGCGAGCAUGGUCCCACCGCACCAGCAGGAGUACCAGCAGCCGCAGCCGCAGACACCCCUGCAGGACGGCUGGCCCACACCUGCCGACUACACCUAUGCCCAGCCGCCUCCUCCACCGCACACGCCGGUGCCUGACUAUGCAGCGGCAUACCAGAUGCAGCAGCAGCAACAGCAGCAGGUGGCCAUGAUGGGUCACCAUCCGAUGACACCCCUGCACCACCCUCACCUCCAGCAGCAGCUCACACCUGCCCCCCACCUGGAGGAAGAACACCACCAGCACCACCCGGCACACCACCAGGCAGCGGCAGCGCUCUUUCCAACGCUCCAGCCGGACCAACUGCAGUCCGAAUACCCAGUUCAUCCAGCCACGCCUGUGCCAACACCUCAGUCACCUCCGGCAGCCAUGAUGCCUCCCACAGCCCAGAUGGGACCACCUCCGACGCCACAGAUGAUGCACCCACCCACGCCACAGAUGCAGCAUCAACAGGAGGAGACUCCGAGUAUGGAACCCUUGGCGCCACCAUCCGAGUUUGACGCCCUGGUGGCCUCGGGUCCAGCGCUGCAUGCCUUUGGGGGACCCAUGGAGUCAUCAUCAGCUGAGCAGCAUCAUUUAGAGGAGCCAGAGCCCGAGUCAGAGCCACAGAUGGAGCCACAUGCGUCAACGGAAGACCAGCAGCAACAGCAGCAACAGCAGCAGGAGCAGGAGCAGCAGGACCGGUUGACGGAGCAGCAGCAGCAGCAGGACCAGUUGACGGAGCAGCAGCAGCAGGACCAGUUGGCCCAGCUGGACGAUGACGAUGAGGACUAUGGGCCUCCCGCGUCUGUCGGACCAGCCGAGGAGCAGCUGGCUGACGAGACGUACGAACAGUUUGAGGAGCGGAUACUGAACAAGCGCACAGUACACAUGCUGCACAUGAUCCGGACACCCCUCGAAGCGGGCCGCCAAGUGCGCUUCAGUGACAUUGCACGAGGCAGCAAUCGCAAACAGGUUGCGCAGAAGUUCUACACCUUCCUGGUGCUGAAGAAGCAGCAGGCUGUCGAGCUUCGGCAAGAGAGCGCCUUCGCCGAGCUCUACAUCGAAAAAGGACCCAAGUUUGAGCAGUCGCUCUAGCCCACCUCCACGACCAUCUCUUCUCACUCCCUUCCCCUCGGCCAUCGAGGCAGCACCUCCUCCUCUCCCAUGGACACCACUGUUAUCACCGUUGCACCCUUUUUGUAAACGAGCACGCACGGACACACAGACUCUGCCUUGUGCAAGACGCUCCACCCUCAUUCGCCUCGUUCGCGGUUCUCAAGUAGCUGCCACCGCUCGCGACCCCCAACAAGUCACCGCCGUCAUGUGCGCGAAACGACGCCAGUGCAACCCCCGAUGUGGACUCCUCCUCCCGCCGUCUCCAGCCCCCUCGGGGAGGAAAAACGCACCGAGAAUUCGCGCACGGUCUGCUGCAGUGUCCCGGAGUGCGCGUGCAAGCUUUGGUUUAGACCCAGAGCUCUUGACUCGGCCCUCCUUCAAGGUCGACGAUGGCUGUCGGCACUGUGAGAGCACGCGCGACAUGCAACCUGGCAGAAACAAACAAACACCCAGGCGGGAAACUUUUGGUUGGUGCACGUGUCUUUUCCUUCCUUCUUUUCAUCUCGUCUCCAUCUUUGCCACCGCUAAAAUUUUUUACUUGCCGAACUUUCGCGCUCGUUUUGCUAAAUGAUGCGAGUGGGGAUGAAAAAAGAAAGAGAGAGAGAGGGCCUGUAACAGAUAACCUGUGGUUUGUGUGAAAAAAUGCCUGCCACCUGCUUUCUGCUGUGAGGGAAAAGUUGGAAUUUACGGAGUCCACCAUUUUUUUCAGUGGUGUUGGUUCUUGGACUCUCGACUAUGGCAUUGCGUUAUUGUGGGAGAAGUAAGAUUGGGUUUGCCCUUUCCACCUUCCUUUGCCUCACAACAGUGCAAGCGUGUCAUUGUCUGAGUGCUCAUAUCUGGUAAUUGGCGUUCACUGCAACCUCUCUUGCUAACGUCUAAAAAUGCAGCCUUUGCUAGUGGACACCGGUGUGUGCAUUUAGAAAAUCUUUGAACAGACGACUCGUUGAAGAAAAGAAAGUAAAAUUUUCUGUGAUUGCAUGCCGCACGGCUUUUGCUUGCUCGAGGCUUUGAGAAAUAAUGUCAGGCUUGUGUGGCGUUCUGGCGCGCACGGCAGGGUUCAUGGGAAGAAAAAAAAAAACGAAAAUGAAUGUGGGGCCACUUGUCAAUCAAAGCAUGUCUGCUUCCCCAUCUUUCUGCACCAGGCCUAUCCACCAGAUCGUUGCUUGUCUAUACCUUCACUUUUUUGCUGUACAUAACUUGCAAAUUCUUAAUUGGGGAGUGUAGGGUCUUCUUUUGGAAGGUCAGACAUUUGCAUCAACCUUUUUGUUUGUUUCAUAGUGCUUGGUUCAUGCUGUUGCACAUGCCUGUUUUUAUUAUUAUUUUUUUUUGCAAGUCGUUGCUGCUUCAUCGUGAAAUUUGUAUUCUGUCCUGCCUUGGCUAUGACCUGCUGCAAGGCGGACGGCUUGAUUUUCAAACCUUCUCACGCGGCCAGUGUGCCCUCUGUUGUCCUGUGCCUAUUUUGUACAGUCUGCAUUUGGGAGAGUAGAUUUUUGGGCUAGUCAUAGCGCUGGAUUGACAUGAACAAGACGACGAGAGGAGCGCAUGUCCUGUCGUCUUUAUUGUUCGUGUCGAUCCAGCGCUAUGAUUUCACUUGCUGCAUUUGGGGUUUUGUUAGCCACUUUCAGUGAUUGGGCAGUACAGACGUGCUGUACAUCUUAGCUUGACAGCUUAUCACUAAUAUGCCAUGCCCGCUUGCAGUUACCAUAGCUGCCAUUGGCUAGCCAGCCUUGCUGCUUGCAAUGUAGGUUUCAAUGCACGAGUUAUACUGGGGGAAAAAAAAAUAAGAUACAGAGAAAGGGUAAUAAAAAAGCUUGUGUAGUGCAACCUUAACUUUGACAUGAAAAACCAAGCAAUACAAUCCUCAUUAAAGCGUGCCUGUUAAUUAGCACCGUGAUUGAACCUCGCAUCAGCAGUACUGAUUAGCUUGAGCGCCCAUACAGGCUGGCUGAUGACUGGGAUGGUAGACAUAACAGUAAGCGGUAGUGCUGUGCUAAAACAGUUCAUUAUCAGUGGUGGUCCAGAUGGGUCAGUGCGAUGGAUUCCCAUCUGCCCAAGCCAAACAACUAUGGCUCGUGUGUGGCCUUUUUUUUUUUUUUGGCACAACAAAAGUGCACAAAUGUUGUCAGAUUAUCACCUUUGCUUUCUUCCCAGCUCAUAAUUCUGGGAGCUUUAUCUAGCUUUCUGGGUUCACUUAAGGUUUAUGUUUAGUAAACAUUUAUUGUAUGUCAACUGGGCCCAAAGGGAUGAUCUGCAUUGCAGUUUGAGUAAGCCAUAGUGUGUGAGAACACUGACAGCCUGUUAAAGCAGACUUCGAAUAACUUUUGUGGCUGCAAGUUAUGUUUUCGGACAUUUUCUUUUUUUUCAUACCUUGUGUUCAUAUUUUGCUGUCUGAAAGCUAUGCCAAAUUCUGCUGUUGCAUCUCCGGGAAUGCUGAUAGAUGUGAAACUGUUGCAUUCAAGGUGCAUUCUUUUCUUUGUGAGGAAUUGUACCUCACAGUGUAUUAGAGCCUUUGGACCAUCACUGACGUGCAACUAAUCUGUCAUUAGCUACAACUUGUCUGCUGUCAGCAUUCUGUUUUGUGUGUCCACUGCCGACAUUUUACUUGUGUGUGCUUGCAGAGCAUAUCAUUUUUACCAUUCUAUUUGUUUGAAUUUUUCUAAGGCACUAGGAUCGUUCUCAGUGAAGUAGGUCUAACUAUUUGACCUGGAAAUGGUGAAAAGUUCUAAUUGUUUAGGGCAACUUUUGUUUUUGCGAAGAGUUUUGCAGCAAGCAGCUGUUUUAAAUCAAAAUGAAAAUGUUUUUGCACCAGCUUUAAAAGUGCUUCGCUAGGGCACCCCCAUCAACAAAGCAACUAUAUUUGGUCUAGUCGCACACAUGCAUUGUUUAUCUCUUUAUAUGCAUACACACUUUUGUUUCAUGUUUUGGUGUAAGAAGUCAACAGAAAUGGUGGCCCGUGUCAAGGGUGCCGAAUUGUGUCUUGCGUUUGGCUUUUUGAGGAUUCUUUUGCACGAGACUAUGCAAGCCGAAUGUAAACUACAUCUUUUCCAUUGUAACUUCAGCACCGCUAGGGUAAGCUCUCGCAUCGUUCCCAUGACUCGCCCCCCUGACCUUGCAGAAGCGCAAGGAUUCUCAUAAUCAUGCGGCAUAUGGAAAUUGGGAGAAGCUGCGAAGGGUUCUUCGUUGUGCUUUGCACAGGUCUGCAUCAUCUUUAAAACCUUGUGUCGGGGUACUUUGUACGCCCAUGCUUUUUCACCCAUGCCUCUUGUAUAUUGCAAGCAUCUACUACGCAUGUAUAUUUGCAGGUUGAUAAUGCAAGGAUGUUAUUGUCUUUACUCACGUGACACCUCAUUGUGCAGAGCUUGCCAGGAUAAACUGUUAAGGUGUGAAUGUAGUGAGUGAGGGUGGUAGAUUCUCGAAAGCAUUUGAGAAGGCAUGUCUUUGCAGGGUAUUGUGCGAUGGCGCUGUUGGCCGUGUAGUGUGUGAUACUUGAUUGAGUGUAGGUUGCCUCUGUUUACGAAUCAUUCUCUUGAAGAGGCAUAGGACCUUCAGUUGUGUUGGAGAUGCUUCUAAUAACUUUUGUUCGUUAAACAAAUUGUAUGAGACAUCAGAAUCUCUUCUUAAACUAGAGGUGAAAGAGAGCAAGCAGGCAUCUCCAGCAGCGCCCACCGAGUAUCCAAAAUGUCAUCUUUGUCCGUUGAGAGCUUACUGGAAUGUUUAUCGCUAGUGCAAGCUGCAUCGAACCAUUGGCUCAGUGUAUCCGUGGUUCUGAUUUAAUUGAAUCGAGUGCUGCUGACUGAAGUGAUGUCAUCAGCAAGACAUUGUAUUGGAGCUGAAAUGGGGAGCACCACCAUUGCAAUUGUUCGCAGCGGACAGACUUGUCUAUGACUGUUGAAAAGCGUUGAUUUUUUUUUUAUUGCACGCUUUGUAAUCAUGCGCAUCUUGCCACUGUAACACCGUCAUUUGUCCUGGUGGGGGCAUUGCGACAACUGUGGUUUUAUUGUAGCCUUCUCUCGUGUUGUUUACGAUUAGUGGCACGAUUUACUUUCGGGUGUGUGUCUUUCGAACGAGCACCAGUGUGUGGUCAGCCUGUGCUGAUCUGAUCUGACGGGUUACACUUGUGAUGUACAGUAUCGAGAUCAUAGUUGUAAGAAGGCCGUAUAUGGCGUGUGCGUCUGGAUUUUCAUUGAGCGUUGUACCUCACUUUGGUGAGGUCAUUUCAAAGCCUCCUCCACUGUUGCAAACUUCUAUUCCUGAGCAACUGUGCUCUUUUUUGUAAUUGCAUGGGCGAUUCAGUGGAGUAUGGACCUGUCAGGUUUAGGGUUUGCUUAUCGUUUUUUUUUUUUUAAGGAGGAACUGUUGAAACCAUUUUUCUUGUAGUGCUGAUGUGCUCAGAGAUUGAACACUGCAUCGAUUGAAACCUUUUUUCAUAUGACAGCAUGUUGAGUAUAAACAUUCUAGAGGAAGCAGGAGAGAUCAUUUCAAUGUGGUUGAUGCAUUUGUAGACUGACGCAAGUUACCAGUGCAAUGUCUACAAUUUCCAAUGGUAAGCUUAAAAAAGUUUCCUGUUGUUGCCAUAUGUGUUGCAGUCAAUCCUUCAUGUCAGGCUCUUCCAUUUGCAUUAGAACAUGUAAGUUAGGGUGCCUAGAUGCGAAGGCUUUCCUCACUUUACUUUGGAGUAUGGAGCAAUGAUAAAUUGCACGCUGCAGACAACGGAACUUUCGUGCGACGUUGAUGCAGCCAAAAUUUGCAAAGGGAAAGAGACACGACUAAUGGCUAAGGGAUUGCAGGUAUAAAAUACUAAUGAUAGCUACCAAAAUGGCUUAGUGGUAGCAGAAAUCUGGUUUUCACUGCAGUGUGCAUGUUUGUGUUUGCUGGCAGAUUCUUUUACUCUGUUGUCAAACCACUACAGGCCAUUGAACAAGAGCGGACUGAUAAUGGGUACAAGUGUGUGUGGGGGUGUGUGGUUGGACAAACCUGUAAACUGUUCAGGACGAAAUGAUGCAAAAAUAUGUUUUUCUCAUGAGCAACUGUUUCUAGUUGGAAAACAUCAGUUCUCAAUUUUUUAUAAAAUUAUUUUAAGCUGUAGCACAAGAUGUGCGUGGUGCUUUGUUCUUCAGUUCAUUAGUUGUGCGACACUGUGAGCGUAUUGUUGCGUCUGCUCCCCAAGAAGUGCUUCGUUCUUCAGUUCGUUUAGUUGUGUGAUGCCGUGAAAGUAUUGUCAUCUAUGCUCCCCAAGAAGGAGGGUGUUUUUGUCGCCCUGCGGAGCACUUCACUUGUGGUGAAACAUUCUCGGUACUCUGUAGAUGUGUGCUUGCUUCUGUAUUGUUUCAUAUUUUUUUUUUUAAAUCAAAAUGAUGUUAUGCUUCUGUGUUAACAUGUCGCCAGAACUGUGGAGAGUAGGCGGACCUUGAUGUGUUGAGGCUCGAGGCAGCGAGAAGGGAAGUUUUAUCGUUGAGGCAUACAGGUGAGAGGGUCAUUUCCAGACAGACCAGGCACUCUUCGUUACUCAUCGUGGCAGCGGUCAUUGGCUGUCAUUUGUACAUUUGAGAAAGUGGCGGCACGGUUUAUGUGUGCUUGCCACCUCUGUCAUGAUUGAAGGCAGGAUGAGUCCAGUGUAAAUAAUUCAUAAAAAGCACACACACCAGAUAUCAAGAAGGGUUUGGUCACGGCGACGUGCAACUCUCAGCAGCCAACUCUUAUUGUGAUGAGUCUGAUUGUUAGGACAAGCUUACUUCUGAGAGGUGGGUUUAAGAAAAAAAUUUAUAGAAAAAAGAUGGUGCUUGUGCUGUUACAUUACAGUACCCACGCUCUUCCCGCAGCCGAGACUUGCACGUUGCCCCUCCCCAAAAAUGUACAUGCGCCUUUCUUUUUGUUGUUGAAAAGCAUAGUUGUGUUGCCAACUUCAGCGAAAAAAGUCCUUGCAUUCAUUGUCUAAAAGAAAACAAAUCAGAUUAGUGUAAUCUUAUUGUUUUCUUUUUUUUGUAUGAAAUAAAGAAAUAUAUUGUGAAUAUGCCAUCCACA